AGCAGAAGAAGGAGAAGGAGAAGGAGACGUCCAUGCUUGAGAAACUUGAAACGUACACAGAUACAUUACCUUGUGGUCACAUAUUCACCACACUGUUGUCAUGUAAACUUUUAUAGCCUAAAAUGCAUUUCUGUAUCUGUUACACGCGUGCAGCUGCGACUAAUCAGUAUGUGUUCAAAUGAAGGACAGCUUCGGAUUUAGACAAUCUGCCGUCAGAUAAACAAAUAUUGUCACCAUUAUGAUCAAACACACGCUGCGUGCGGCAGGACGUGUGACCUCUCCUGGUCUGCGCUGCUUCUCAGGGACUCCUGGAGGAGAAAUCAUUGAAGAUGUGUUUGAACGUGCUGGAUCUACACAUCUCACACAGCAGGCGUCUCUCUAUGUGCAUUGGCCUUACUGUCUCAGAAGGUGCUCCUACUGCAACUUUAACAAGUACAUACCCAGAUCCAACAAUAACCACAUCAUGACCGAGUGCCUUCAGCAGGAGACAGAGACAUUACUGCAGCUCAGUCAGGUAUCCUGCAUCACCUCAGUAUUCUUUGGUGGUGGGACACCAAGCCUGGCACAGCCUUCAACCAUCUCCGCUGUCCUCGAAACUGUUUCCAGGCACGCAAACCUCUCAGAUAAGGCUGAGGUCACACUUGAGGUCAACCCAACACCUGUGGGAAUGUCAAAGUUAGAGGACUUUUGCCAUGCAGGGGUGAACCGUUUCUCCAUUGGGGUCCAGUCUCUGCAGGAUGAGGACUUGAAAAUUCUGGGAAGAGACCACAGUUCUCAUCAGGCUUUGCAAACUAUUGAAGAGGCGAGGAGGCUGUGCCCAGGGAGGGUGUCCGUGGACGUCAUGUUCGGCCGGCCCAAACAGAGCGUGGAAUCUUGGGAGAAAGAGCUGUCUGAUCUGCUGAGGGUUUGUGAUGACCACGUGUCUCUGUACCAGCUGACUCUAGAGCGAGGCACCCAGCUUUUUAAACAGGUGCAAAGCAGUGAAAUGACUGUGCCCGCUGAUGACGUGACAGCAGAGAUGUACCAGUGUGCCAGGAGGAGUCUCCACCAGCAUGGCUUUCAGCAGUAUGAGGUGUCAAACUUUGCGAGACAUAAUGCAGUGAGUGAGCAUAACAUGAGCUACUGGAAAGGAAGACAGUACAUCGGUGUUGGCCCAGGAGCACACGGGCGCUUUGUGCCUCUGGGGGAGGGAAGUGUCAUUCGAGAAGCCCGGACCCAGACUCUGGAGCCCGAUGUCUGGAUCCUUGAGGUGCAGCAGAGGGGACACGGGACGCGGAGGAGGAUUCACCUCAGCCAUCUAGACUUCCUGGAGGAGGCGCUGGUGAUGGGAAUGAGAAUGACUGAGGGCAUUACUCACAAGCAUUGGCAGUUGUUUUGCCCUCAACUGAGUCUUAAUGAAGUCUUUGGUAUGUCCAUUGAUGUCCAAGAGUUCCUACAGAGUGAACAACUGAUUCUUGAUGACAGAGGUCUUCGCUGCUCCUGGGAUGGACUGGCCUUGCUGGAUAGCAUGCUGCCAUCGCUACUGUUGGAGUUAGAAACACAAAUCCUUCAGAGACCACAAAGUGACCACCAAGCUGAUGCACAAACAGAGAAGACCAUCCACCCACGAUAACAGUAAUGUUAUUAAAGUGGCUAACUUCAGAGAAAGAUCAUUUGUAGGUUAGACUGACAGUACAUGCAAAAAACUUAAAAACAAUUUGAUCUGGAUGCUGUUUAGAUGGGUAAUCUUGAAAAAUAGGCUGAUAUUGAUCAAGAAAACCAGGUUAAUGUACAUUAUUUAUUUGAAUUAUUUCCCUUAAGUCUUAUUUUUCUGUUCAGCUCUCAUCGUAACUCAAAUGACCACAAGCUAUAAUAACAAAAGUGAAAGAAUUGUCGUCACACUGGUGUGGAUAACUCUUGUUUUUCAUUUGUAAAGAUGCUGUGUGGUAAUUAUGCUGCAACUGAAACUGAAAAAACAAAUCUCAAUCUCUCUCAGAAAUCAACCAGAGAUUAUUACUUUCUUGGUUCAGAGGAAAUUGAUUACAGUAAACAUGGAUGCCUUUUAAGCAGGGGUGUGACGAUACACUCGGCUCACAAGACGAGUCAAUACACGAUAUUUGUUUCACGAGAACAAGACGAGAUGAGAUUUUAACACUAUUUUUAAGAAAACUUAAAUGGCGAAAUAAAUGACUGGAAAAAUAGUCCUUUAUUUGACUGAAAGUCACAAAAUGUAUAAAAGUGCAGGUGCAUUUGGAAAUGUUUUAACUUAUCAUCUUUUAAUGAAUGUCACUUCAGUUCUACUUUCUGAGUGUGAAUUAUAUGCAGUAUGCAAUAUGCAAGCACUGUAAAAGCCUGAGGUCAGCCUAACCCAGCUCCUCUCUUCAUAUCCUACUUGCUGCUAGCUUUUCUUUUUGGUUCGGUGCCCCGUGCUACCCCCUGAAUAGUACUUCGUGAGACAGCAUUAACCUUGACGAUAAAAUGUUGUCAGGUUUUAAUCUGGUGGCACGAGAUCUUGUAACACCCCUCCUUGUAAAUUUAAUGUGUAUAUUGAGAAUAUAUGUAAAUGUUCCUGCUUUUACAUUUUAAGAUCUUGUUUGACAUGUAAAUGUUUAAAUUAAUCCUUAUAAAUUGGUACAUUUAUGC